AUGUCGCAUGUAAAAAAAAAAAAAAAAAAACGUGAUACGUACAGGUUUGAAGUCAUUGGUGAAAGAAGUGAAUGCAUGCAGCUCACUUCAUCUGAAUCUCUCUUCAAGUCUGCCAAAUUUAGACAUGGUGUGUUGGAUAACACAGAUGAAAUUAUCCAUACCGAUGCUACAAGUAGAGAGAACAAUGAAAAUAAGAAGAGUCAUAAUGGUGAUAACGCCCAAUCCCUUUUUAUUCCAAUAGGAGAGGUUAUAGCAGCAGUAUCAUCAAAAGAACUACAACCACCUGCUUUAAAACGUUAUGAAUGGCGUACCUACCCUAAAGUGCCGUAUUACGCUGUAAUUCAGGGUCUACAGCUCUCAAUAAAUAUUGCUGGUCCUUCAGAAGAGAUUGAUAAUGAUUUAAAUAGUGUUACUCUGUUAAAUUCCCUCCCGGCACUACAAGCUCUUCUACAGGAUGUUGCAAUAAAGCAUGGGUGUAUUUUCUAUUUGAGUUCCCUAAAAGCAAGUUGUAAUACACUUCUUUACCCGUUUCAUCCAAUAACGGGUAAUGCCACCACUUCAUUACCUACUAAUAAUCCUACUACUAUUGCUGAAUUGGAUUAUGGACUAUAUCUACAAGCUUUACAUGAUAGUUUUAGACGUUUUACUGAGUUGAGGGAUGAAUGCUGUCGUGCAUCAUCUUCACUCUCACCCUUAUCCUCUGAUUUGUGUACACAUCAUAUCCUCCUUGUACGCAUCAUUGAUCAUCCACGAUUGAAAGAUGUGAUAGCAUUGUUAGCAGUAGAGAAUUCCCGUUUGUGUUUAUGCCUUACAGCUUCUUCAAAAGUAACACAAUUAUACUUUACGCAACGUGCACAAGACAUUGGUAUAGAGUUAGAGUGGAUACAGGGUUCUGCGCUAUUGUCAGAGCCACUUAUACUAUCAAUAACAGAUGUUAAUCCUGUUUUUGCUUUAUGGGAUAUUUUUGUAAAUCUGCCACUUCACACCACUCUAUAUGAAACAAAUGGUAAUACUGCUGCGUGGGUCCUCAGUAAUAGUACUGCUGAUCAAUUUUUAAAACAUGUGAAUGUAACCAUUUUAUCUUCACUGCCGUUUCUUGGAAGUACAUCACAUACUCCUGUACUGCGACUGUCUGAAGUGGGUCAGAUAGGAACGGGUGGUAAACGUUUGCUGUGGUCAUUGGUGGGAGCCCCGCGAGUUGUGCUACCGCAUUUCCUAGCGGGAAUUGUGAGUGCUCUCGUGUAG